AUGCUCGGCUCCCUCCUCCACCUCCUCCCUCUCGUCUGGGUCGCCGUACAACACGCCCACGCCAAGAGCGUCAUCGGCCACUGGAUGGGCGGCGAGACGCAGCGGUACACGGUCGACGACUACGCCGCCGACAUGCGCCUCAGCAAGGCGGUCCUCAUCGACGCGUGGGCCGUCAACUCGGGCAAGGACACGUACGAGGAGGAGCACCUCGACUUGAUCUUUGAGGCGGCGCAGAAGGAGGGGUACAAGAUCACGCUCUCGGUCGACAUGCUUCACUGGAACGUCAAGGGCUCGUCGGACCUCCUCAUCGAGCGCCUCAAGCGCUACGCCGGCAAGGACGAGUGGCUCCGGAUCGACGGCAAGCCCGCCCUCACGACCUUCAGUGGCAACCAGCAGGGCACCUUCAUGGACGGCGUCUCGACCUUCAAGGAGUCGAACGACCUGUGGAACAAGGUGCUCGACGCCGCCGCCGAGGCCGUCGGCAGCGAGUUCUACUUUGCCCCGACCUGGCUCUCGAACACGCCCCUGUCCGACCCCGACUCGGCCGACCUCAAGAUGUCGGGCAUCGCCAACUGGUUCGGGCACGGCGAGGUCGGCUCGAGGAACAACGUGACGGCAGAGGCCGACGCGAGUUGGGCCGAAAAGGCGGCUGAGCGUGGCCUCGACUACUGGGCACCUGUCGGCGCGUCAUUCCAGGUCCACCAGAACGACCCCGAGACCAACUACUGCUACAUCUCGGGCCACUUCCUCCUUCCCACCCGGUACCGCUCCCUCAUCGACCUCUCCUCCUCCUCCUCUUCUUCUUCCUCCUCCUCUCCUUCUUCUUCCUCCUCCUCUCCUUCUUUCUUAUAUUUUAUCACUUUGUCGGACUGGGGUGAGUCUACGUACGUCCUGCCGGUGCGCGAGAACGCCGACCCGCCCAAGGGCACCGUCGACACGGCCGUGUACGUCCGCCCGAGCGACCACUUCCCGUUCGCCCUCAUGUCGGCCUACUGGAACUACGAGAACAAGAACGGCUCACCGCCGACAAUCACGUCGCCGGCCAUCUUCUGGUUUCACCGCAUCACGCCCGCCGCCUCAACGCCGACCAACGACCCGCUCCCCAAGAGCAAGAGCUGCGACGGCCUGUACGACAACCUCUACGCGGUCGUCUUCAUCCCCGAGGGCUCUACGGCGUCUUCCUUCGUGUUCACAACCGGUGGCAAGGCGCUCGACGCUCAGAACGUCCAGCCAGGCGUCAACCUGUUGAUGGCGCCGUUCGGCGUUGGCGACACCGCCGUGUCGCUUCAAGACGCCGACGGCAAGGUCCUCCUCUCGGGCGACGGCGCGCGAAUUGUCGAGUCGACCGAGAUCUGGGACGCCAACUACCGCGCCUUUGCCAUUCCGUCGGACGUCAUGCCCUCCGACUUCCUCGACCUCGGCGGUUCCUCCUCCUCGAGCUCUGGUCCGAGCAAGGCGAGCUCGACGACCGACGUCGCGACGACCAAGGUGGCGGCUACCAAGGCGGCGUCGACGUCGGCGCAGGCUACCGCUCACGGCCCGGGCACGUCGACCUCCUCGGCGACGAACGACGACGAGGCCAGCACGAGCGCCGCCGCCUCAAGCUCGUCGACACUCGUCCUCGUCGUCAGCAUCAUCACCCUCGUCCGACUCGUCGUCGCGGACAUCAUCGUCAUCGUCCGACGGCCUGAGUAG